GCAGCGCCGCGGAUCAUUGACGAGCAUCAAAGGCAUCAAAGCCGGCACGGGAGGAAGCGAUAUUCGUCGGAUUCGUUGAGUUCAUUUACGAUUAUCUUACAUAUUCGGCAUCAUGGUUAAUAUGGAGGAAUUGUUCGUUUCUGGCCUCGUAUACAACUAUUUGUUGAAGAAAGAUGCGUCGUUGGCAACGGUAUUCCAAAAGAAGACGAAAGCGCCUUCCCUGCCAAAAGGAAGCCCGACGAUGAUGGAAGUAUUCAGAUAUUUUCAGAAGAACUCUUCCAAAAAAGUAACCGUCGUUUCGCAGAAUAAAAAAAGUAGCUCGGAUUCAAGCUCAGAAAGUGAAGAAGAAACAGAAGAAAACGUUUCGCAGGUCAAUGGUAAAGAUUCCAAAGUUGCGAUGGUGCCUCUGAAAAAGGUAACAGAAUCCUCCGAGGAGGAUUCUUCCAGCGAAGAUGAAACACAAGCUAAAAAAGUAGCAAAAGUACCAAACAAAGGGAAAACACAAGCCAAGGUUGCGAAGAAAGAAGAGAGUUCAGAUGAAAGUUCAGAUUCUGAUGAAUCACCAAACAUUCAACCAAAAACUGCACAAAAAGCAGUAACGAAUGACGAAAUGAAAUCUUUAGGAUCAGAUUUCAAGAAGGCAGCGAAAGCAGUUUUAAAAGCAGUUCAAUCGUCAGAGAAAAAAUCAUCUGAAUCAUCUAGCGAUUCAUCCUCCAGUGAUUCAUCUUCUAAAAAUAAAAUAGUAAGUCUACAACAGAUUACUCAAAAGUCAUCUACAAUCAAGACGUCCACACCAAAACCACCUCAAAAAUUACAAAAACAGACGAAACCGCCGGUAACAGCUGCAAAGCCAUCAAAAUCAUCGAGCGAAGAUAGUAGCGAUGAGGAGGAGGAGGAAACAACAAAACCAGCUCCUAGUAAAUCAGUGCCAGCAAAGCAAACUGCCAUGGACAUAUCUUCGAGUGACGACAGCAGUGAGGAGGAGGAGCAGUCUGCUAAGAAACCAAUUUCCACACCUGCUGCUAAGAAACCAACUCCAGUAGCUGCUGCCAAGAAGAAGGAAUCUUCCUCGAGCGAAGAAGAGAGCAGCGAAGACGAACCUGAAACAGUUCCAACUAAAGCUGUAGCUGCUUUGAAGUCGCAAAGCCAGAAUAAACCGACGCCAGCAAAAGCAGUUAAAAAAUCAGAAUCGUCAUCGAGCGAUGAUGACAGUAGUGAUGAGAAUGAGAAAGAAACUCCGAAGAAAGCAGUUCUCAAUAAAACACCAGUAAAAUCGACCACCAAGAAAGAAUCUUCGAGCGAAGAGGACAGUAGCGAGGAAGAAGAACCUGUUAAGAAACCAGUCGCGGCAGUUGCAACUAAGAAAUCAGCUCCAGUAGCUGCUAAGAAAAAAAAAUCUUCCUCAAGCGAAGAAGAAAGCAGUGAAGAUGAAUCUCCUGCCGCGAAGCCAGUUCCUGCUAAGCAAAACAUUACUAACAAAGUUAGUUCUGCAAAAAAAGAAGAGUCAUCAAGUGAGGAUUCGGACGAUGAAUCCGAGGAAGAGAAACCAGCGACAAAGACAGUAACGAAAGUAGCAACCAGUAAAACAUUGAAGAAGCAGGAGGAAUCUUCCAGUGAAGAUUCAGAGGAUGAAGCACCGACGAAAGCACCAGCCAAGCCGACGACCAAAAAAGAAUCCUCAAACGAAUCUGAUUCAGACUCCGAGAAUGCCAGCGAGAAAGCAAAAGUUCAGACGUCAGCUGUGGGACAAAAAAGGAAACACACCAAUGAUGAGGAGAAAACACCUGCAAAAGUUGCAAAAAAUAAUUAUGGCAACUUUGUAAAAGCUAAUGAUAGCAUGAAUGGAAAUAGGCCACAGAAAAAUCGUACGUUUCAACGUGUGAGAACCGAAGAGAUCAAAUUGGAUCCUAAGUUGGCUAAUAAUUCCUUCGAAGCAAAGAAAGGUGCGCGAGGUUCCUGGGGCGAACGCGCUAAUGAGACACUAAAAUUUACGAAAGGCAAGAGAUUCCGACACGAAAAGCAAAAGAAGAAGCGUGGUUCUUAUCGCGGCGGGCACAUAGAUACAAGAGUUAAUUCCAUUAAAUUCGACAAUUAAACAAUUAUACAUUGUAAUUUUUUUGAAUUAUUUAAAUUAAUAAGAUAAGUUUAAUAUUGACUUAUACUGUUAAUUAAAAUAUAUGUCAGCUGUCCAGUAUUUUAAAAAUAAAAAUGAGAUUACAAGUUUGGUUGGAUGUUCACUGAUAUUGUAUAAUUAAACCCACAUGUAAUUAUUAAUUUAUGUAAAUCAAAUUAUAAUGGAAUUUUAUAAAAGAAAAAUAAAACAUUUUGCAUAAAUUAGCAUACUUAACAGAAUAUAUGUACAAUAUUUUUUAUUUAACUAAGUAUUUUUUUUUAUAUUACGUGACUACAUACUAAGGACUAUAUUUUGAGUCUGUAUCAUUGUGCGUGCAACCAAACUUUAUAUUAGAGACAAUUCACUUUUGUUGGAUACGCUGUUACCGAACAGUAUAUACUUGGCAAAACUUUGUUUCCUAUUUUUGCAGUUACUGAUGUUUACAACAUAAUUUUCUGUAUGUGUAUGCUGUUAAUCUUAUCAAAGACAAUUUACAAACUGUCAUGCUUGUUAGCAACACGACAAUGUUUUAAAUACAUUAUAAAUUACAUUAUAAUUAACAUUAGUACAUUUUUUUUAUAAUAAUUAAGAUAGUAAUAAGUUUUACAGAAUUUAUUUUUUCUACAAUAAUUAAUUAAAACAUAGAUGUUGCUAUUCGGAUUAGUCUCCAUUAUUUACGACUCUCAUCAAAAAUAUAAAAAAUUAUUAAAUAAUAAUAGCAUGAACUACGUUUACUCGCCGUUUAUUAAUCAUUUAAUGACAUCCAUAGUUAUAAUUACUGUUGUCAAAUAUAUAAACACUAGUUAAAUCCGACUUGUAUAAAACCGGAAUUAAUAACGAGCGUUCAUAUACGACAUUUUACUGCAUCAUUACUAUAACUACAGAUAUUACUAUACCCAAUUAAUGGUAACAUAAAUACAUAAUUUAUGUCUAA